AUGAUCGUGGACUUCAGGAAACAGCUGAGGGAGCACUCCCGCUAUCCACAGACGGGACAACAGUGGAGAAGGUGGAAAGUUCAGUUCCUCAGGGUACACAUCACUGACAAACUGAAAUGGUCCACCCACACAGAGUGUGAAGCAGAUGACAGCAAUGAGACCCCAUCUUCUGAGGAGGACCAGGACCUCCUGGAGUAUUCUAAAGAUUUGGCUUUCAACCAGAUGACCCCGAGGAAAAGCAUCACUCAGAUCAUCAAGGACAAGAAGAAACAGACUCAUUUGACCCUUCAAUGGCUGGAUGAAAACUACACUGUUUGUGAAGGGGUUUGUCUGCCGCGUUGCAUCCUGUACGCUCACUACCUAGACUUCUGUAGGAAGGAGAAACUGGAUCCAGCCUGUGCUGCUACAUUUGGCAAGACAAUUAGGCAGAAAUUUCCACUUCUUACAACAAGAAGACUUGGGACCCGAGGUCAUUCAAAAUAUCAUUAUUACGGGAUUGGCAUCAAAGAGAGCAGUGCCUAUUAUAACUUGGUGUACUCAGGAAAAGGCUUGACGAGAUUUUCAGGGAGCAAACUCAAGAAUGAGGGAGGGUUCACUCGGAAAUACUCCCUCAGUUCCAAAACAGGAACUUUGCUUCCAGAAUUCCCAAGUCCACAGCAUCUAGUGCUUCAAAGUUCCAUCUCUAAAGAGAAGGUGGACACGCUCAUCGUGAUGUACAAAACACAUUGUCAGUGCAUCCUGGACAAUGCCAUCAAUGUCAACUUCGAAGAGAUACAGAAUUUCCUGAUGCAUUUCUGGCAAGGAAUGCCCGACCACCUCUUACCCCUGCUGGAGAACACCAUUAUCGUGGACAUCUUAUGUGUGUGUGACUCUAUACUAUAUAAGGUUCUGACAGAUGUCCUGAUCCCUGCUACGAUGCAGGAGAUGCCUGAAAGUCUCCUGGCAGACAUCCGUAACUUUGCCAAGCACUGGGAACACUGGAUGGUGUCUUCUCUGGAAAACCUCCCAGAAUGCCUCUCAGAGAAGAAGCUCCAGAUCGCACGCAGAUUUGUGUCCUCUCUAAAGCGUCAGACCUCCUUCUUACACCUUGCCCAGAUUGCAAGACCAGCUCUUUUUGACCAGAAUGUGGUGAACUCAAUGGUGGUGGAUAUAGAUAAAGUGGAUUUGAACAGCAUAGGGUCACAAGCCCUUCUCACCAUCUCAAGUGGAGACCAAGACUCUGACCUCUACUCUGAAUAUGACUCAAUAACAGUGUUCCAAGAGCUGAAAGACCUACUGAAGAAGAAUGCCACUGUGGAAUCCUUUAUCGAGUGGCUGGACACUGUUGUGGAGCAGAAAGUCAUAAAGCAGAAUGGACGGUCUAUAAAGAAGAGAGCUCAGGACUUCAUCCUCAAGUGGAGUUUCUUUGGAGCACGCGUUAUGCACACCCUCACGUUGAACAACGCCACCAGUUUUGGUUCGUUCCAUCUCAUCCGCAUGCUGCUGGAUGAGUAUAUCCUACUGGCUAUUGAGACACAAUUCAACAACAACAAAGAACAAGACCUUCAGAAUCUCCUAGAUAAGUACAUGGGAAAUGCAGAUGCCAGCAAGGCGGCAUUCACUGCCUCCCCCAGCUCCUGUUUCCUAGCCAACCGUAACAAGCCCAGUGCGGUGUCCAGUGAUCUGUCUGUGAAGAACGAGUCCCUCUCAGAACACGCAUACAUGACCCUGUCAGCCAAUCAUCAGCAGGCGCUGGGAGCAAACAUGGCCAUCUACCAGGGCUCUGAAACCGAUGGAUUCUGCCUAUCAGGACAAAUUUACUUUUCUCAGAACAGUGGCCCUCUGAUGACCCCUCCCAUCUCCCCAGCCAUGGUGAACAGGGGCAGUGUCAUCAACCAGGGCACCAUGGCCAUCAGACCCCAGAGCGCCUGCACCACCAUCCAGCCCCACAUCUCCUGCCAAGCCUUCCCAGACACCAUGUACCAGAGCCUCCCUCCCAGCAGCCCCAGCUACUACCCCACCACCUCCAACUACCAGGCUGUGACACACGCCCAGGCCCCGGCCUACCACACCCGCUCUGACAGCAGCCACUACCCGUCAUUCAGUGAACAGCACCUGGCCAAAGACUACUUCGACAGCAGCUGUGCAGUGUCCCUCUACAGCUCCAGACACACCUCCAAUUACAGCACAGUCCCUGAUCCUGGGAUGGAGACUCAGGGGGUUGAGCUACUGGACUCUGUAGGAUACAACUUUGAUGGGAGUGGGUUAAACAGUAGUGGCUGUCAGGAGCCUGCCUACUCAGCAGCAGGACACAAUGGGUACUAUGGAAACAGUAGCUACCUGGAUAGCCAGACGCUGGGUUCCAUGAUAGACCAGCAUGUGUCAGUUAUCAGCAGUGUGAGCAGUAUCCGCUCAGUCCCAGCGUACGGUGAAGUACACAACCCCCUCAACAUCCUGGAUGACACGGGCAGGAAGACGGCUGGGCCUUACUACACUGAGUCUGACUCACUGGGCUCCCACACACCUGGAGAUACUCUUUUGUUUACUUGUUUUCUCUCUGCUGUAGCUCCUCCCCUCCCCUCCUCGGUCUCUGCACCCUGCAUGUACGGAGGUCCUGCCCAGUUCCACUCCCAGGAUGCACUGCUUCCUCACCGGGUACCAUCUGAGGUACGGGACAUGAUGUCAUCGCUGCCCCCCAUCAACACUGUGUUCAUGGGGUCUAGUGGAGGAGGAACGUGA